UUUUCCUCAUUUUUCCCCAUUCUGUCAUUUUCUCCUUUUUGUCUCCUCCACCUUUCAAUACUUAUUUUUCCUUCUAUCUUUUCCUUUAGAUUAGUGGCACUAGGAGGCUCUAAUACUGCAUGACCUGUGCUGCAGUAAAGCCAUACACAUGCGCAAUGAGUAGCGUCAAUCGACCGGCGUGAGGAAACGCAAGCUAUUUGGUGCAGUGUCACGGGGCUGGCUGUGACAGCGGGCAACUGUCAUGUAGGCUGUGCAUCAUCACGUGGUUGAGGUACCCUCAAGAACAUUGCUCAAUGGACCCGAGGCCUUCUAGAUCCCACAAGCAGCAAUAGCAAUCAAUUAUCUGUAAUAACGUCUUCCAUUCUGUGUGUCCGAGCCAUUUGUCAGAAUCGGGUUUUUGUUAUGAGACCGCCGCGAUAUUGUCGUUUUCUUCGGCGCUGUGUCUUCCUUGUGGUGGGAAUCACUAUUGUCCCCGCGGUGUUCAUGAUCCUCGCCGGCAGUGAAGCGGGGGUCGGCCGUCUGCACCACCAGUCCGCCUCGCAACACAAGAAUGAUUCCUGGAGUCAUGAAGCCAUGUCAUACUGGAUGUCUGAAGUUGAAGCGAGAAUGGUGCAACGAAGACAUCACCUGAAGCAAACCUGCACAAUGUUAGGUUUGGACGUUUCUGGAAAUGAUUCUUUACACCGUCCAAACCCAUGGGAAUUUCUUGUAAACAGACCAUACCAUUUAGUAUGGUGUAAUGUAUUCAAAGCCGCUUCUACGUCAUGGAUGUACAAUUUCAACAUCUUGGCAGGGUACAACUCAAAAUUUUUAAAAAACAGCAAACUAGUGCCUCUCAAUCUGGCACGACGUCGUUAUCCCAGACCAUCCCUCCAUGCGCUACAACAGGCUCUCCAUGAUUCUAUAGCUUUCCUCAUCGUGCGUCAUCCUCUAGAGCGACUACUGUCAGCAUACAGGGAUAAGAUACAGUUCUCACUGCCUCACACCUUGCAUCAAAAGCUCGGCAAUGAAAUCAUUCUUAAAUAUCGUAAGAAUAAACAGAAGCUCUUUAAAUUCCAGGCCAAAGGACCAGGAAACAAGUCUACACCUAAAAAUCCUCGCUGGCCAACAUUCUCAGAGUUUGUGCAGUAUUUGGUGAAUAUCCAACAGAAAGGAGAUCCAUUUGACAUGCACUGGACGCCAAUCACUCACUUCUGCACUCCAUGCCAAGUGGAUUUUGAUAUCAUACUGAAGUUUGAAACUCUACAGGAGGAUCAAAACUACCUGAUUCAUCAGGCUGGCCUACAAGACGUAAUUCGGCCUGAGUGGAAGAACCCUGCAAAAGGUCGCACCACUACUGAACUGGUCACUAGCUACUAUUCCCAGCUCACUACAGCACAAAUAUUUCAACUCUAUCAUAUUUAUAGGUAUGACUUUGAGCUCUUUGGCUACACCCUGGAUGGUUACUUAGAACUUGGAAUGACUGAAUCCAACAGUCCAGACACCCCACCUACAUGACAUAUACUGUGUCAUAUUCCCAGCUAUUUAAACAGUGCCAGAAUCUAGCUACAUUGAGCCAAUCUGUGAAAAUUGAAACUGACCAUUCAUCAUGGAGGAGUUUCAGGUUUUAUUUUCUUUCCAUUGGAUGAUAAGUGCUGAAGAAUGUAAUUAUACAAGGUCAGGACUAAUGCUGUCAAAAAUAUCCAAAUAACGCAACAUUUUCCUCAGCAUAACUUUAUUUCACCUCUAUUAUAAGAUACACUAAGGUAGUAAGACAAUUUUGCAUAUAAGAGAGCUGAACACUGUCAGGUUCACACAGUAGAGUUAUCAAAUAUUUCACAAACAUAAAACUGAGUCCACAAGCACUUCAAUCAAGUUCAUUGUCAACAUCUUCCUUUUAAGUAAGCACAACAGUUUCUGAUGGUUCAGAUAAUUCAACUCAUCUUAGUAUCUCAAAUAUUCAAGAAACACCUUUGCUAAUGACACUCACUUGCACUGUGAAUAAGUUUAGGGUUGAAAUAUUCUAGUACAUAGAUUUUAAACAGAUCUGAAUAUUGACACCACUAGUUAGAAUCUUUUGGUGCUACUAGAGUGAUACUGUAGACAUAAUCAACAGAAAACUAAGCAAACGGGUUAAUAUUUAAUGCCAAGCCUAUAUCACUUAUAGCAGUUACUGAAAUGUUAAAAGUUGUAAAUAUGUAUACAGUCAAACUGUUUCAGAUAUUAAAAUAUUUGUUAGCAUUUACUGA